AUGGUGACGAAGGACGCGGAAGAUUAACGUGGAGACCCGCGUUAAAACUAUGAUCGGAGCGCUGUAAUUUUGUACAGUUUUGACCCUUUAUGUGAUAACUGAGCUACUCUUCCCCCCACUCCACUGAUACACUGAGACAUGUCGCAAAGUAAACACCAACUGAUGGAAAAAUGUCACUAUAACUAAUUGCAAAAUGGAGGUAGAUCAGCAAAAAGCACUGCCACAGACAGGCAAGGGAACAAGGUCAUACAACCAGAUCUGGAAAGAUGCCAUGUUGGAGCUGAGUUGUCUCCUGGCUGAAGAACUGCCCCCUGAACCGCCUCCACUCCAGCGAGACAGGGUUGUGUUCUUCCAGCGGCUGGCAACACUUUAUGUGCGCUACAUUCAAGUUUUCAGGCAGCUGGAGGAGGCCCACAGCAUGCUGGUCCACCCUCAGAAGAGGCGACUUAUUUGUGUGAUUCUCACUGGUGUAAUGGGGAGGGUACUGGAGCUGAAGAAUGAAAUGGUGGAAAAAGAGUUUUCAGAGUACCACUAUUUGGACGAUGUCCUGCAUGCGUUGAAACUCACACCUGCAUCACUUGAGAUCCCCAUUCCACACUUCUUUCUCAGUGAGCGCAGCAAAGAAGUUGAAGAACGAAAAUUGUUGCUAAUGGAUAUCCUGAAAAUGGUGGAGGAUGCGGAGGGCCUUGAUACUUCAAGGGACAGGUUUGAGACGGAAGAGGAGGUCAUAAUGAUCAUUCAAAUGGCAGAGAGAGCACGGCAAGGGAGGCUAAGGGCUAAGUUAAACAAAGAAAUUAGAUGUGGCAGUUUUGACAGAAGGCACGGGGCCAAGACCACUGAAUCAACUUUUACUGAGUUGGCUGCCAUCUGCAUUCAGAAGGUCUGGAGGGGGUAUAUACAAAGAAAGAAAACAAGGAUUGCUCGAGAUGAGGAGAUGAUUUUUCUUGGAAUGAUUAUGGAUCCAAAGUACCAGGUCCCUUGUCCGGCAGAGAUCACUGCCCAAGCUACUGAAGCUUCAAUUAGAAUCAAACAAAAGAAGUACGAGGAAGCUUACCUAAAGUCGACAGAGGAGAUCUUAAAGCAGCUGCGAGACACGGAGCGCCUUGACAUGAGCAAGACAAUAAAAAGUCAGAUUCGGGAGUGGUUUUUCGAAUGUCGUAACGCUACAGGAGUGUUUCCAGACUACCCAAGUGAAGAGGAUGGAGGCUCAGCCCUUAUAUUUGCUGAAAAAAGCCCUCAGCAGUUAAUAGAAGAAAUUGCACUGAAAGAAGAAGAAGAAGCAAAUAAAUCAAAAGGGACACAAGAAAAAGGAAAAAAAGACAAGGGAAAGAACAAAGAGGAAGAUGAGGAUGCAGGGUUGAAGAUGAAUCCGUCUGCUUUCCUUUCAGAUUUGAAAGAGGCAAACAAUAGGUUUGAAGAUUUUUGGAAAAACCGUGAUGAGUCUGAAAACUUCACUCAGUUGCACGAGGUGGAGUUGAUUAAGGAAGAAAUGAGAAAAGUCAUAGAAGCUGAAGUUCGAGUACAGGUUGAUGAAGAGAUGAGACAGGAACUCGCUGAGUUGAAGCUAUGUGUGGAUAAAGACAAGGGGGGCAAAGCAAAAGCAAAUGCUAAGAAGAAAAAAGGGUCCAAGCGAGGAAAGAAGAAGAAAAAGGAAAAAGAUCUGACAGCUGAUAGGACUCUUGAGUCUCUGUGCCAGGAGCUGGUGGAGCAACGGUUAUUAAAACAAGCAAAGAAUGUUAGGAUGCAAGAUUUCUUGGGGGACUAUAACUAUCUUGGGACUACACUGAGACAAAAUGACAUUGAGCCUAUGCCAUCAAUGUUAGAUGUCCGUCAAGUCAUAUCUCUAUAUGCAGUUUUACCAUUAGGCUCCCAGGAGGUUCACGAGAAAGCUCCUUUAAUAAAAUCCGUACUGCUGGUGGGACCUGCUGGGGUGGGUAAACGCAUGUUGGUCCAUGCAGUUUGCCAGGAGACAGGGGCCACCCUGUUUGAUUUGUCGCCAUGUAACACAGUGGGAAAGUACCCAGGCAAGAAUGGACUCACCAUGAUGCUUCAUAUGGUGUUUAAGGUUGCAAGGCUUCUGCAGCCCUCUGUGAUAUGGAUUGGAGACACGGAGAAAAUGUUCUACAAAAAAGUUCCCAAGGAAGAAGAAGAGCUAGACCCCAGGCGGCUGAAAAAAGAUUUGCCCAAGUGUCUCAAACUGAUCAAAGGAGAAGAUCGUGUCCUGAUAAUGGGAACAACAAGAGACCCACAAAGUGCUGAUAUCAAAUCGUUGUCAAAAAUGUACGGCAAAAUAAUCCUCAUCCCACGACAGGACUACGGCUCAAGAUACAUUUUGUGGGAGAAACUUAUUAAAAAGCAAGGAGGCGAAAUAACCGAGGCUUUGGACCUCAGCUCUCUGACAAAGGUAACUGAUGGCUACACUCCAGGCCACAUGGUUAAGGUUAUCAAGAGUGUAGUCUCCCAGGAACGGAUCCAGGAGCUGACAAAACGACCCCUCACCGCUGCUGAUUUUGUUCUACCAUUGGCCAAGUUUGAGCCUGUGUUCCAGAAGGAGGAGGAGGCAAUAAAAAACUGGUAUGCAAAAACAUCUCUAGGGAAGAAAAGAAUUAAAGCUGCCUCUGGGAAAGAAGAAGCACCACCUAAAGGCAAAGAUACAAAGAAGAAAGGGAGAAAAUAAAACAGCAAAGAAAGUUAA